AUGUUUGAAAACGAUGAUAUCAACGCUAUUUAUCAUUACACAAGCUCUGAAGAUCUCCGUUACGUCCGCUAUUAUGGCCCUCACCCAUCCGAACCAAUAUCGAUUGUUGUAGUGAAAAACAGCAGUAUGUCUUCACCGGCACCAUAUCUAUGUAAUGAUCCUAGUCAAUUUAUCCGUAGAAUGAAGAGAGAAGCCUGCCUGUUUAGAAGAAGGCAUUACAUAGACGUCGAAAUACGUGAAUUUCAAAUGGACAAAAAUAAAGGAAGUGACUUUCGACCGAAACUCCUUUCAAAUGCUAUUGUAUACAUAGAAAGUGAAGAGCGGGACCUUAGAGAUAAUCUCCCUUUCAUAAUUGACAAUAUGCACCCCAAAAGUAUGCUCUGCAUUUGUUGUGUCAAGAGUGGACGGUCGUCAAAAUCGCCUGUGGCUAUCCUACGGGGUCUUCUGCUCAAAGUGGGCAACUUUGGAGCCUUUGAACGAGGCAAAGUGAAAUCAGACUGGCACCUCUUCUUUAUUAGACGUAGAGCGAAUAGAUAUGUGAAUAUUAAUAAGAUAUUCCAUAGAAUUUUUAUUAUACGACUAGAAAUGGAAAUUCCACCGGAUAUAAUUGAUUUAAAUCCAGAAUUCUACGAUAAAGUGAAUGAUCUUAUUAUGGACAAGGAGUGA